AUGAUUCUGCAAACAACUUACUGGUUAACUAACCCUCCCUCUUUCCUCAACCCUCUUACAAGGCGAGAACCAAAAAACCCGAACGCACCGGGCCUAGAUGGAAACAAGAAUGGGCCACCGGGCCCCGAAGGAAAUCAAAAUGGACCACCCAGCGCCGCCGAAGACACUGAAGAGCUAGGAACCUCGACCGGCCAAAACCCUGCGAUGGAGACGGCAGCUUCGGACGUUCCUACUACUUCUCAAGCUCUUUCCGGCCCUGCCGAUGCUCCUUCCACAUCCCCAAGCUCUGCCGGUUCUGAUCUCACGUCAUCUUCUGCUAUUAUCACCUUUGACGCUCCCGGCCCACCAACCACUUCCACGACUUCCUUGCUGGCCACUCGGUCUGCAGCCAGUCUGGCCUCAGUAUGGACUUCGAGCGUGUCAGAUCCCACACCAACAUCGUCUUUGACCACUCCAGCCCCGACAAGGUCCACAGAAACCCUUUUCCCCGCAACUUCCUUCAUGUUGACUAUGCCCUACGUCGAAACCAGCGACAUUCGGGGCUUUACCAGCGUCCAAUAUAACGGCUCCAGGCCCCCAUCUUUGACGGUCUCUAGCGUGUCGUUCCUGGCGGAGACAACCUCGUGGUCAAGCUUCAUUUCCCCAACCAGCACGACGGCUAUAGAGACUGGGUGGAGUUAUCACAGCCCGAAUGGCACAAUUCAGACUGAAUCGAAAAGUAUAUUGCCAGGCCAAAGAGCAGGGAUUGCCACUGGGACUAUUGGUUUCUUUUUGAUUCUGACACUGAUAUAUUGGGUCUUCAAGUGGCGCAGGGCCGAACACCCAAAAGCGCUGUUAAGGCUUGUACAGCGCCAGCCAAACACGCCGACAAAUUCCCAUCAGCAACCUCGUAGCCAGACGUUCAACGUGAUGCUCAACUCCCCAUUGUCCACCGAAGCCGGCUCGAGCGGUGAUCCAGCUUGGGGUUUUCGAGCAACCUUUGCGGGACCUAAUGUGAUCGAGAAACCACGGCAAUCGCAGAGUAAAUCUCUGAAACUCCUUCGGAUCAAUCCUUUAGGCAUGAAUCCUGUUACUCCUUCCGCCUCCAGGACGAGAACUCCAAACCGGAAAUCAUUCGCCUCGUCAUUCUUCCACCGGCGCUCGGCCGCUUCGACCCUCCGCAGUGCGUCUGGACCUCCGUCAGAGGAGCAACCCAGAAAUAUUAUCGGUCCACAGUCCCUUUCACCCCUUCUCUUACCCCAGGUGACCCUUCCAUCUCCCGAACCGUCGGCAAUAUCUAGCCGGUUCGCAGAACUUACUCAAAGCAACACAGAUCAUUCUCAAUCUCUGACCGUGCCACCCCAGACCCUCCCACAUCCAUGGCGCCAUAGUAGCAGUCAAAUAACUAGAGCAUCCGCGGAGAGAGAUGCCCGAUUGAUCAAGGGCACGCCGGGCCGAGCGAAGCCCCACUCUCCGUCAAGACUACGCACUAGUAUAGGGGUGCCCCAGGGAUCCGAGAAGGAGCUUCCUCUCCCGCCUCUUCCCCUUCUCCCGUCUCCCUCCAUUUCCCCUAGUUCGUGGUUGAGGGCGAAGGUCCUCCGUCGCUCUCAGUCAACAACCACUUCGAAGGAUGAAGUAUGA